AAUUUGGUCGGAUAAAUUUUCCCACCAAAUAGAUGCAGUUGAUGUUGAUGAAGAAAGCAUAGGAGAAGAGAUUCCGCAUGGCCACCAAAAGCGCUGGAGAGGACGUUCUCCAGAGGCUGCAGACUUUAGCAGAACAUUUCCGCACCGGCAGUUCUUCUCAGUCCCUGCCGUCGCCGCCACCAACUCCGGCGGCAGUCCAAUUUACCAACCGUGCAGCUGUUCUCAUCUGCCUUUUUCUAGGCGACUACGGUGAGAUCCGCGUCAUUCUCACAAAGCGGGCCUCCACGCUUUCUUCCCACUCUGGGGAAGUUGCACUCCCCGGCGGAAAGAGGGACCCCAGUGAUGUCGAUGAUGUUGCCACAGCGUUGAGGGAGGCGGAGGAGGAAAUUGGCUUAGCCCCUGCUCUUGUUGAAGUCGUCUCUGUUCUCGAACCAUUUGUUAAUAAGAAGGGUAUGACCGUAGUUCCUGUGCUUGGCCUGUUAUCUAGCAAGAAGGCAUUCAAUCCAACUCCAAAUACUGCUGAAGUAGAUGCAAUAUUUGAUGUUCCAUUAGAAAUGUUCCUCAAGUUGCCACAGGAUGAGAAGAGAAGAGCAGUGGAGAAAGAAUGGAUGGGAUAUAAUUAUCUGUUACAUUUUUUUGACUAUGAAUAUAAGAAUGAAAAGUAUGUGAUCUGGGCUCUUACCGCUGGUAUCUUGAUCAAGGCAGCUUCAAUUGUGUUUCAGCGGCUACCUGCGUUCCUGGAGCAGCAACCCAGAUUCUGGAAUGCUUCUGCUAAUGGCAGCAAAACUUCAGACUCACAGCAGUGAAGUUAUUUGUUAUUUUGCUGCAUUAUUAACUUGUAUGCUAACAAUUGUUUAUAUCCUUUACCUUAUUCCUACAGUCUCAUUAAUCAUUAUGUUGUUGCAAAGUUAUAACGAAUCUUGUGUUGUCUUAAAAAAGCGAAUAUAUAAUUGUAGCCCAAAUAUUACACCUUUUAGCAAGCAGGCCAAUCUCUCUAUUGGCAAAUUGAUUCAAUUGAUAGCCUUUUGUGUUCUUGCUUAUUGGUUAACUGUUUACAUUCUUAUCAGGUAAGAUUACCUCUAGGAUGUAGUUUCUGAAUCCUACCGCUUCUCUAGUAGUUAUUGUUGGUUUACUAAAAUUACAUACUUUAUUUUGGGAAGCACUGCAGAAACAUAUUGUUCAAGGCUGUGCAUCUAGAGUUCUGAAUCUUCUGAUGUACUUCAGUUACCUUCUGAUAGAUCCUCUUUGCUUUCAGUCCCGUCAACUGCCAUCACUCAAUGCGAUGAAGUUGACCCAUGACACUUAUGAUGAGCUAUCUCGCCCGCACAGUAUUAAGCUCAGCUUUGCCUUUUUUACUCUCUAGCUCAAUCAAUGCCCAAUCUAAGAAUUUUUUAGUCUUAUUACUGAUUCUGGGAACUGCAAACUUGAUCUGUAGUCCAUAGAUGCAAUGGGACAAAAUGGCUUUAAGGUGGAGGUCAGGUGCUUUCUAGGAAAAGGCAUGGUUUGGUUUCUUCUUCCUUAACUGCAGUUGCAGAGAAUGGAAGCAGCUUGGACAUCAAGACCAUAAUGAAUGUGAAAUUUCUAAAACAGGUCAAGGUACCGUUUACCUCCUUGACAAUUUUAGAUGGAGAAUCUCUACUGGUUCAGUGCAAUAUGGUUCUUUGAUGCUAUACAGAGGCCUACCCUCCGUUUCGACUCUUGCAUAUGCUGUUACGAUCUGCAGCGGGAACUUUUCUUGUCGCUUGACCUUUUAUUCUUUAGAAUAAAAAUUUAAUAGAUUUGGUAGGUACAAAACAAUACUAUUUACAAAGACUCUUGGGAUACCCAUGUAUGUGGUAUUCCUUGUAUAUUUGUGGCAGAAAUUGUUGUUCCUUCCACUUUAUUAAAGGUUCUUUUCAAGAUUA